AAAGUAUGAGAAUCUUCAUGUAUCAACUUGUAGAUUUCAUUCUACCUUUUCAUUUACAUGGUGAAUGUCUUGUUUGCUUCAUUAGUGGAUCAAAAUGUCCCAUAAGGCUAGUUAAGAUCAUUGCAUUUUUAACACAGCCGACAAAACAGAAUACCGCAAUUAAAAGUAUUCAAAGUUGAGCAUGUUAUCAAACUUUUGUGAACUUCAAGUUAUUAAAAUUUAAGUAAUGACACCUACAGACACUACCUUUAUAUUUGUGGAUGUCAAGUAAUAAUAUAAAGCAAAGAACUUAAAGUGAGUAACAUCUGAAUCAAUUCUAUUCUUUGCCAUUAAAAAAAUAAUUUAUUCUUUCACAAAUGAGAACAUUCCAAAUUUAUUAUUGUUAGAUUCCUUACCAGGUUUUGAAAAGAAAAUAGCACUGUCGGCCAGCCCUAUUGCCUCUGUGUUUGUUUUGCAUGUGAUUUCGAAAAGAAAAUCAUUUGUUUCCUGUCUGGGUUUGUGCUGGAAUGAAGUUCGUAAUGCAUGUUGAAUGAGCUGAUUUGUCAAUUUAGAGAAAUCUUUACAAGCCAAGAAUGAGCUUGCUUUUGAGAAUAAGGCAUCGUUUACACAAUGGUUUUUAUAGACAACCUCUUUAUGAAAGCACAAUAGGGCUUAAUGCUAGGAAAUUAAAUGUAUUUUCGAGAAACUUUGGUCAAGCUGCAAGAAAAGAGGAGGAGGAAGACGUAGAGGAAGUGGAAAUUGAUCAAAGAAGUCUCCCAGCUGAUUUUGAUCCUGCAACAUUUGAUCCCACUAACAAUCGUGGCCCUCCAUCAGAGAGAGUUUUCAGGCUUGUUGAUGAAGUGGCGUCUCUAACGCUAGCUGAAGGUGCGGAAUUGGGUCUCAUUUUAAUGAAGAAAAUGGGGAUAAAGGAGAUGCCUAAUGUGGGAUAUAUGAAAGCAGGCUCUGCAAAUUUGGCCGGAAUGGCAACAAAAACCACAACUGCAGCCCAAGAGGAGGUAAAACCAGAAAAAACUGUAUUUGAAUUGAAACUGUUGUCGUUUGAAGCAGCUUCCAAAAUUAAAGUCAUCAAGGAGGUUCGGGGCUUUACCGAUUUAGGUUUGAAGGAGGCAAAGGAUAUUGUCGAAAAAACACCAUCUAUUAUAAAGAAAGGUGUUUCAAAGGAAGAAGGAGAACAGAUAAUAGAGAAAAUGAAAGCACUUGGUGCUAAUGUUGUUUUGGAGUGAAAUAAUGUAUUGUGUUGCUUAGAGAGAUGUUUCUUACAAUAUUCAUAACUUAUCUGAAAUUUAGCAAAUUUUGUAUUGUUGCCUGGGAAUACUGCAAAAUUUUGUAGUGUUGUCUUCUAAGCUCUGCUCAUUUUUUGCUGCUAUGAAACAAUAUCCUUUAUUUCCCUUUGGAUGUAAUAAAAAUGUAUUGAUACUUAUAGGAAUUUGCACACAAUUUCAGUGACAUUACUUUGUACAAGCAAAUAAGUGUUUUGCAGACUUCA